ACUACAUUUCCCACACUGCAUUGCUGCGCAGCCGCUACUUGUCACUGCUGUCGCUCUCUGCCUGUGAGUGCCCGCGGUGAAUUGCUCCAGCAUCCCUGCGCAGGCAGUGGGGCAAAUGUAGAUGUUAAAAAAAAAUCAUUUGAAAAUAUGUAAUCGUGGGAUAAGUUCUCGGCGUCGGCAGCUUGCGAUGAGGGACGGAGAACAUGGCAGACUGGAUUUUGUGUUGCGCCUCUGUGGAGCACGGACCGUUAUAUUGAGAGAAAUAAUGCGGAAUAUUUCCCCCUGUAGGUGUUAACGCAGAAAAUACAAGAUGAAGAAGCAAUUCAAUCGGAUGCGACAGCUCGCCAACCAAACGGUGGGAAGGGCGGAAAAAACAGAGGUGUUAAGCGAGGACCUUCUACAGGUGGAGAAGCGUCUGGAUCUGGUCAAGCAGGUGACACACAGCACUCACAAGAAGCUGACUGCCUGCCUGCAGGGUCAGCAGGGGACUGAUAUGGAGAAGAGAUCCGUCAAGUCACCUUCUAAAAAACUACCGCUUACGAUCCUGGCACAAUGUAUGGUGGAAGGGGCGGCAGUGUUGGGGGAUGACUCUCUCCUGGGGAAGAUGCUGAAGAUGUGCGGGGAGACAGAAGAGAAGUUGGCCCAGGAGCUCAUCCAGUUUGAGUUCCAGAUCGAGAGAGAUGUGGUGGAGCCUCUCUAUGUGCUCGCUGAGGUGGACAUUCCCAACAUCCAGAAACAGAGGAAGCACUUAGCUAAACUUGUCUUGGACAUGGACUCCGCUCGGACAAGAUAUCAGCAGUCGUCCAAGUCGUCCAGUCACCCGAGCACACUGCAGCCUGGCGCCAAGUCCGAGUCCCUCAGAGAGGAGAUGGAGGAGGCAGCCAAUCGAAUGGAGAUUUGUAGGGACCAGUUGUCAGCAGAUAUGUACAGUUUUGUGGCCAAAGAAAUAGACUAUGCAAAUUACUUUCAGACACUAAUAGAAACACAGGCAGAAUAUCACAGGAAGUCAUUAGAGAUUCUUCACAGUAUCCUGCCCCAGAUUAAAGCUCACCAAGAGGCGUGGGUGGAGAAGCCGUCAUUUGGCAAGUCUCUGGAGGAACACCUGAAUAUUAGUGGGAGAGAGAUUGCCUUCCCCAUCGAAGCUUGUGUCACCAUGCUGUUAGAAUGUGGCAUGCAAGAGGAGGGCCUCUUCAGAGUGGCUCCAUCAGCCUCCAAGCUGAAGAAGCUGAAAGCAUCCCUGGACUGUGGAGUUCUGGAUGUGCAGGAGUACUCCUCCGACCCACACGCCAUCGCAGGGGCUCUGAAAUCAUACCUCCGUGAGCUCCCUGAGCCACUGAUGACCACUGAACUUUAUGAUGAAUGGAUUCAGGCCUCCAACAUUCAAGAUAUGGACAAGAGACUACAAGCAUUAAUGGCAGCGUGUGAAAAACUCCCCACAGACAACUUGAACAAUUUCAGAUAUCUAAUCAAAUUUUUAGCCAAGCUAAGUGACUACCAAGACGCAAACAAGAUGACUCCCGGUAACAUGGCGAUUGUUCUCGGCCCUAACUUGCUUUGGACACACACUGAACCAAACAUGACAGAGAUGAUGACCACCUUGUCCCUACAGAUUGUUGGCAUCAUUGAGCCCAUCAUCCAGCAUGCUGACUGGUUCUUCCCUGGAGAGAUUGAAUUCAACCUGACAGGCAGCUACGGCAGCCCGAUCCACACCAACCACAACUCCAACUACAGCUCCAUGCCCUCACCAGACAUGGACCAAUCUGAUCGCAAGCAGCAGCACGACCAGAGUCGACGCCCACUGAGCGUCGCCACGGACAACAUGAUGCUGGAGUUUUACAAGAAGGAUGGCAUUAGGAAGAUACAAAGUAUGGGAGUCCGAGUUAUGGAUACCUCCUGGGUGUCUCGUAAGGGUUCAGCCACGCUGGCGCGCAAGGCCUCCUCCACCCCUCCAGGCAUGCAAGGCCCCGGUUCUCCCGCUGACACUCUCAUCCCCGAGCAGCCCGGAGAGCUCGUCACCUCCCCGUCCGCGACACCACCACCUGGAGAGCGGGUCUGCUCAGACAACGUGUCGCCAAAUCGGCCGGACACCUCUCAUGCCCACCCACCCCCAGGGGAGGACCGGCCACCCCCCCCUUACCCCAUCUCCUCGUGCCACACUGCCCCCCACCACUUCUACCCCAAACCCCCACCCUGCGCUCGCCCCGUGGCACCGGGUCCAGAGUCCCAGCCCCCCGCCUCUCCCCCGCCCCCACUGCGCUGGUCUGGCUUCACACCCCCAGCCCCGCCCCCUUCCUCCUCUUCCUCCUCCUCCUCCUCGUCACUUGACAUCAAUUCGAACCCCAAACCCAGCUGUCUGCAUUUCCCCAAGCACAGCCCGCCUGGUGACAUGUCGCAUGCCCCCCCACCAGACACUAACGCCUCACCACUCUACAUCAAAACCCCCUUGGUACUAACCCGCCACGACCAGUCCCUUGGCAACCCCCCUAGCCUCCCUUCGUCCGCGCCCCCGCCCCCGCCGUGGGCUGCCUGUCCAUGUGCCCGAGAGAGAGGACCCCCCAGGCUGACUAGUUCAUUGAAGAGUAAAGAGCUCUCCCCUGUAAUUGGGCACAAAGCCAUCCAGGUGGCAGGUCCAACAGUCCCCCCCAGCUGUAGUCCUCAGAGCAGUAGCCAGUCCCCCCACUCCACAGAGCACAGUCCACACACCCUGCGCAAAGGUUCCAAGAAGCUGGCCCCUGUGCCUCCCAAGGUUCCUUACAGCCAGUCUUGCGGGAUGUCCGAUCAGUCCACAGGUCAGCCGUCACCGGUCAGCCUGUCACCCACACCUCCUAGUACCCCUUCCCCUUAUGGACUGGCCUGCCCUCCAGGGCAAGUGCCCCCAUCCUCCCCUGGGCAGACCCCAUUAGGGGCGCCCCACUCGCUUUCGUCCCCACCAUCCCUGACCGGAACGCUCACCAAGUCGCGGCCCGCCCCUAAGCCCAGGCAGAGACCCAGUCUGCCCCCUCCUCAGCCGCCCACAGCCCCCCCGGGGUUCACUGGCCCGGCCAUGGCCCCAGUUCCCCAGCCCCUGGAGCAGGGCCUCCUGGAUGGACUGUCUCCCGGGGAGAGCAUGUCUACAGAUAUCUUCAAUUAUGAAAUCCCCUCCAUCAAUGUCAAUCUGGACAGCCUCAUCGAUGAGUUCAGCGGUGCCCCUUGCAGGAGGUCCGUGGCAGUGACAGACUCUCCAGAGGGGGAUGCUGUGCCUGAGGAGGAGCCACAGAGCACCACUCUAUGACCUAUGACCCUAAGGCAUCACAGCUUACCAGCACCCCUGUGGCUGAUACAUACUCUUAACUGUCGCCACCAAGGCCUGACGGAAACACCAAUUGGCCUCACCAAUGCCCACCUGAAACCAGAACUCGAACACAUCUGCUACAGGCUGCAAAGAAACUCAUCUCUUACAAUUGCUCGCUAGUACAUAAAUGUGACUAUAAAAAAAUACAAAGAAGAAAAAAAAACCACCAAAAUGCCAUAGUGAAGGAACAGUUGCCUUUAGGAGGAAAGACUGGAAUAUAGUUGAGUAUUGCAUUAAAAGAUUUUUUAUUGUUUGUUUUUAUUUGCUUUGCUUUGUUCAUCUUUGUUGUUUGAUGCAGUGGUCUGUAUUUCUGUGAGUUUUUCGAUUUCUUUUUUUUUGCCUUAUUAGAACAUGCAAUCAAAUUGCAAUAUGAUAUUCACAAGUUGUACAACUUUUUUGGUAAGGGAAACUCAGAGCCUGACAUGGUUAGGAGCAAAGCCCAUCCUCAGGGUGAAACAGAGAGACAGAGAGUAGUCUUGGUGUAUUACUCACAGGGUAUUCAAGCUUUGUGCACAUUAGGAAACAUGCUGAGCCGUAGAGACAGGUUUUUGCAUGCGGGAUGAACCAUUUAAUGCAGUUUACUUCUUAAUCGUCACACCCAGUCUUUACUUCCCCCUCUUCUCACACAUAUUACAACUGUAGUUCUUUAUCUGGCAUUUACCUUCAUAAAGGUAAGCUCACUUUAACUCACUUUAUACCAGCACAGUAGGAGAAGAAUGUUACUGUAAAUUACUUUGUUUUGUUCUCUUGACGAAAGCACCACAACGUGUUUGCAUGACAAGCCAAUAUGAACGAAUUGCUUUGGAUCAAGGGCCUCAGAGUGGCAGUGUUUUAUUUCGUGUGAGUGUUUCUGUUGUUGUUGUUGUCCUUGGAGAGUAAAUUUAGACCGCCCGUGUGCUGUUAACGGUUUGAUGAUAAUGGAUGGAUGACUACACUGCCUUUAGGUUCGUAUGAUUCUCUCUCUUAACCUUGUUUCAAGUGCUUCAGGUUCAGUGACCUUUGACCCCUAGUGUAAAUACAAAGACUGUACAUAAAUUGAUGUAUAUAAAAUCUGAGAGGAAAAGUAUAUGUAAAAUGCAUAUCUUGAAUAUAUAUAAUAAUAAUAUAUGUGCUGAUAUUUAUCAUGUGUAGAAAAUGUAAUGAUUAAAAAAAAAAUUGCCGUUAUUUUUGUCCCUGCACACAAUGAACAGGUUUACUGUAGAUUCAUAAUGUUUUACUGUAACACCAGGUUAACGAUGAUGCUGCAGCAGAAACGCAGAUUUCUGCUUGAAAUCAAUUGUGGUUUUCUAAUUCUGUCUCCUGAGCUUUGACUUCAAACAUGCCCGAGCACUAAUGAGUUGCACACCGAUGCCCUAUCUUCUCUUCUUCUCCUUUUAAAUCAGUUAUUUAAUAGAUUCCUGUGUAAAUGAUUAGAUUACUUGUAGCCCGCCUGGACCAUUUAAUGAAUUCAUAAUGAGGAUAAAUGUAGUCCUAAGCCUAUAUUAUUGGGCCAACUAAAAAUAUGUGCUCAUUCAAUUAGAAAAGCAGUCAAAUUUGGCACACCUGCUGUAUCACCUCUGAAGUCGAAAAUGACCGUGCCCUUUGUUGUUAUUCUUACCGCAGACAAUUAAUCAGAGGUGUUUCCAGUUCAUCAGAUAACAGAUGCUGCAGUGUCACUUUUUUAAUUCCAUAUAAAAUGUCUUAGGACUAUAAUUUUGUCGAUUAAAGUGCAAUUACAGUGUUUACUGAUCCACCUCAGUCCAAAAACAGUGGUCAAAGUCACCCUCCCCAAACCCACAGAAAACAAGCCAUUAAUUUUAUUGCUAAGCAAUUACUUUCUUUUUAAGUUUGUUUUAUGUGUGAGUUUACUUACUGACAAAAUGAAUUCUAGAUUAACCUUUCUCCAAAAGUGAUCUAUGGUAUGCCUCAGUGUGUGUUCUCAAUGGACUCUGUUUAUGAAGAUUUUGGUGAUGUUGAUAAUUAUAUUGAUAGUUGUGGUGAUUAUAUGACAACAAUUGCAAGUGCCCUCACACUGGUUGUUAUUUUUGGAACUAUAGGCAUAAUUAAUGUGUACUAGAGGUUUUAUUUUCUGUGCUGGAUCCAUACGUUUAUACGAGGAGGCAGGGGUUUCUCUCUCUCUCUGUGCAGAUUGAAUGUGACUCACUCAGAUUCCAAACGGUAGGCUACCUGAUUUUGUAAUAACUAACAGGCAAAUAAGCACUUGUGUUUGGGUGAAGGUUAAUUAGGGCCUGUUGGCAUGUAUUAUUACCAGUACAGGGCAGUAUUACUGUAAUGCUUUCGUGCAUCAUAAGUGGAACUUACAGCCCCCUAAAAGCAUGCAUUCAUAUUCAUUCUAGGUGUGAUUACUAUGCUGCUGAAAAGAAAAGAAAAACAUCUGUACCCUCCCCCGAAACACAAGUCAUAACUUCAUCACAUAUCUGAUUUUACGCCAGUAACUUCACGGUGAUUUUCAAGGGGAUAUUCAUUAAAAGGAAACACCUUUUGCACCAAAUGGUACACUGUUACAUAGUUUUAUCAAGCGUUUUAACUACGAUAGACCUACAUUUCCUAAGUCACCUCACCACCAAGUAUGUCGGUCUAAAGCAAAGCUCAAUUUGUUUACAUUUUGUGGGGGGGAUUUUAAAUGAAAAAAAAAGGUAAAUCUGAAAAAGUGUCAUGCAUGCGCUUAGAUAGUCUUUUGAUAAUCCACGUUUUGUGUCAAUCACUGUCUUUUUAGGGAUUGUAAGAGGGGUAAAAUGUAGAGAUGGACUCUAGAGAAUGUGGAUCACAAACAAUGGUCCUUCAUGGGGUUUUGAGCAAUACGGUAGAGGAGUGGAUGUUGCCUGUGGAUGUACUGCCUCCUUCUGCUUUCACUACUAGUGUACAAACAAAAAAAUCCUGCCGCUUGUCAAGCCCACCAUGCCCACCCCUCCCUCCUCUGCUUAGCAUAUCAAGUGGAACACAGUGUGUACUGUGAAGCCUACCUGCAAUCCUUAUCAGAA